UCGCUUCUGCUGCAUGUACACCGUGUACCUGUAUCUCUUGUAGCAUCGGCUACUGCAAUAAGCUGUAUCUGUUUGCAGUUUGCUUAUGUGUACAAUAAUGGAUGUAACGUUGUUGUUCAAAGCGUGCGUGAAGACUUUGAGGACUCGAAAUAAAGCUCUGGGAGUCGUUCACGACACAGAUCGCACCGUAAUUUUAAAACCACGGCAGCCACCGUCCGAUUUCAACUGCAGGGCUCGUGAAAUAAAUUCAAGUAUUUCUAAAAUGAAAAACUUCCUGAAAGAGCAUCGGAAUGCCUAUAUCAACUCCACGCAUCUAAUGUACGAAGCGUCACAGAUGACUGACGACGAGAGAGAUCAAAUUGACAAAGAAGCCCAGCAGUUUGUAUUUCAGUGUCGUGAAAUUAUUAAGAACCUCAGGAAAGAGGUUCGAAACCAGUCCUUAACGCCACAGCAACUGGAUCACCAUGAAGGAAUUAUUAUGUUAUUAGAGGCUCACUUGAAAAGUGCCUGCAGGAUGUUCACUGAACAAAAGGCGAUACGUGUCAAACGAGCCUACGAUAAGCAGAAACUGUCACGACUGGAGCCCGAAACCAAGAAGAAGCCUCCACCGCAGCCCGCUGGAGGUGAACAAGUUUCUUCCAAUCAGACUGAGAGUUCACCCGUGGUCACAUCUCCUGCCGGCGAUGUUCCAGAUCUCUUUGGACUCGAGGAUUGGAAUGAGGAAGCGCUGCCUGUUUCUUACGAGGAGUUCCAAAUGUUUGAACAGGAAAACAAGAAACUGUAUGAAGACCUCAACUCUCUCUCGGAUGAAGUCAAAAACAUCGAAGGCCAUGUCAUGGAAAUCUCCCAGUUGCAGAAGGUGUUCACAGAAAAGGUGUUAGAACAAGAUGAAGAAAUGGUACGUGUUGCCAACACACUAGGUAGAGCUACGGAGAAUGUGAAAGAUGGGAACGAAGAAUUACGGCAGGCCAUGAAGAAUAAUGCUGGCUUCCGGAUUUCGCUGCUCUUCUUCCUUUUGGUGCUGUCGUUUUCCUUGCUGUUCUUGGAUUGGUAUAAUCCAUAAAUGUGAUACGAAUAAAUUAUUUUGAAAUUAUA